AUGCGACGAUGCCUUGGCCGGUUCCAUAACGCAUUCCGUAGCGGCACAUCGGCCACCUAUGCUACGGCGAUCCAUCGAGUCAAUGGCUACCGAACGUUCUCCACGACCGCGGCGCGACUAGCAGCCCCAUUGAAGGUCCAGGGCGAACUAGAGAAACGCAUCGCAGCCAUUCCAAUCGAACGCUUCCGCAACUUCUGCAUUGUCGCUCACGUCGACCAUGGCAAGAGCACGCUCAGCGACCGUCUGCUCGAGCUCACGGGCACCAUCGAGAAAGGUGGCAAGAAGCAGAUCCUGGAUAAACUCGACGUUGAGCGCGAGCGCGGCAUCACGGUCAAGGCGCAGACAUGCUCGAUGAUCUACAAUCACAACGGCGAAGACUAUCUCCUACAUCUCGUGGACACACCUGGCCAUGUCGACUUCAGGGCAGAGGUCAGUAGAAGUUAUGCCAGCUGCGGAGGCGCGUUGCUGCUGGUGGACGCUUCGCAGGGUGUGCAGGCGCAGACAGUGUCGAACUUCUACCUCGCAUUUGCGCAAGGAUUGACAUUGGUGCCGGUGCUGAACAAGAUCGACUUGCCGUCGUCAGACACCAAGCGGACGGUCGAGCAGUUAAAAGACAGCUUUGAGCUGGACGGCUCAAACGCGGUCAUGGUAUCUGCAAAGACCGGCUUGAAUGUCGAGCGACUGCUGCCGAACAUCGUCGAACAGAUCCCAGCUCCGGAAGGUCGCGAGAGCGAUCCGUUGAAGCUGCUACUGGUGGACAGUUGGUACGACAACUACCGCGGCGUCAUAUGCCUUGUCCGCAUAUUUUCCGGUUCCGUAAGGGCUGGCGAGCGUCUCGUCUCAUUCGCCACGAACAACGAGUACAUCGUCGGUGAGGUCGGGAUCAUGUAUCCGCUUGAGACGCCGCAGACACGCCUCAGAGCUGGACAGGUCGGAUACAUCUACUUUAACCCAGGCAUGAAGCGGAGCAAGGAAGCAAAGAUUGGCGACACAUACACUACAGUCGGGUCGAAGAAGCUCGUCGAGCCGUUGCCAGGUUUUGAGGAGCCGCAGAGCAUGGUGUUCGUGGCUGCGUUCCCGACCGAUCAAGGCGACUAUGCGCAUCUGGAGGACAGUAUCAACCAAGUGAUGCUGAACGACCGAUCCGUGACUGUCAUGAAGGAGUCUUCUGAUGCGCUUGGUGCUGGUUGGCGAUUAGGCUUUCUUGGAACCCUGCACUGCUCCGUCUUCGAAGAUAGGCUCAAAGCAGAGCAUGGUGCGAGCAUUAUAAUCACACCGCCCAGCGUGCCUUUCAAGAUCACCAAUAAAGACGGCAACACCUCAAUCAUCUCCAACCCGAACCUCUUCCCUUCUCACCACGACAUGCACACCAACGUCUCGAGCGUCGAAGAACCCUACAUAACCGCCACCAUCACCUUUCCGGAAGAGUACCUUGGUAAAAUCAUCGAGCUCUGCGAGGGAAACCGUGGGACACAAGAGAGCUUGUCCUUCUUCACAGCCACACAGGUCAUACUGAAGUACCUGCUCCCUCUUGAGCGCCUCGUCGACGACUUCUUCGGCAAACUCAAAUCCACUACCAAAGGCUACGCCUCGCUUGACUACGAAGACGCGGGCUACCGCCCCUCUCCAUUACAAAAGCUACAGUUGGUCGUGAACCACAUCCCCGUGGAUGCCGUCGCCCGUGUGGUCCACACCUCCCAAUGCGAACGCCUUGGCAAGGAGUGGGUCAGCAAGUUCAAAGAGCACGUACAACGGCAGAUGUUCGAAGUGGUGAUCCAGGCCGUGGCCGGGAAGAAGAUUGUGGCAAGAGAGACACUGAAGCCUUUCCGAAAAGACGUGCUGCAGAAGCUGCAUGCGGCGGAUGUGAGUCGGAGGCGGAAGCUCUUGGAGAAACAGAAGGAGGGCAAGAAGAGGCUGAGGGCUGUCGGCGCGGUGAGCAUUGAGAACGAGGCGUUCCAGAAGUUCUUGGCGAAGUGA